AUGGCGACUACUACCUUCUCUCGAUUUUCUUUCUAUUUUUGCCUUCUUCUCCUAUGCCAUGGAUCGAUGGCCCAGUUGACCAGUCAGUGGCAAAGCCCCCGUCAAGGAGGUUUUAGGGGGUGUAGAUUUGAUAGGUUGCAAGCAUUUGAGCCACUUAGAAGAGUGCGGUCAGAAGCUGGGGUCACUGAGUACUUCGAAGAGACAAAUGAUCAAUUUCAGUGCGCCGGUGUAUCUGUCAUCCGUCGAGUUAUUGAGCCUCAAGGCCUUGUGGUACCUCGGUACACCAACUCGCCAGGCCUUGCCUACAUUAUUCAAGGAAGAGGUUACGUGGGAUUAACUUUACCUGGUUGCCCGGAGACCUACCAGCAACAGUUCCAACAAUAUGAUCAGAGUCAAGGCCAACAAUAUAGAGAUGAGCACCAAAAGGUUCACCAAUUCAGGCAAGGGGAUGUUAUUGCACUUCCGGCUGGUAUCGCACACUGGUUCUACAACGAUGGUCAUGAUGCACCUGUUGUUGUUGUCUAUGUUUUUGACGUACACAACAAUGCCAAUCAGCUUGAACCUAGGCAGAAGGAAUUCCUAUUAGCGGGCAACAACAAAAGGGAGCAACAAGGAUUUGAACAAUCAUCGCAGCAGCACUCUGGGCAAAACAUAUUCAGUGGAUUCAAUGUUGAGUUGCUUAGUGAGGCCUUGGGCAUCAACAGAGAGGCUGCUAGGAGGCUUCAGAGUCAAAAUGACCAGAGGGGAGAAAUCAUUCGGGUGAGGCAUGGACUUCAAUUUUUGAGACCUACUAUAACCCAACAGCAAGAACAGCAGGAGCAAUACCAGCAAGCCCAAUAUCCAAGUGGACAACGCAACGGAUUGGAAGAGAACAUUUGCGCGAUAAAGGCAAGAAUAAACAUCGAAAAUCCUAAUCGCGCAGAUACAUACAACCCACGCGCCGGAAGGAUCACACGCAUCAACAACCAGAAGUUCCCGAUUCUUAACCUAAUUCAAAUGAGUGCUACAAGAGUGAACUUAUACCAGAAUGCCAUUCUUUCACCAUUCUGGAACAUCAAUGCGCACAGCGUGGUGUAUGCGAUCCAAGGCAAUGCCCGAGUGGAGGUUGUCAAUAACCAAGGAAGAACAGUGUUCAGUGGUCAGCUUCGUCAGGGCCAACUGUUAAUCAUACCACAGAACUAUGCUGUUAUCAAGAAAGCGGAGAAUCUGGGAUUCCAGUACAUUGCCUUCAAGACAAACCCAAACUCCAUGGUGAGCCGCAUCGCCGGGAAGAGCUCCGUCCUGCGUGCCAUGCCGGUAGACGUCAUCGCCAACGCGUAUCGCAUCUCGAGGGAGUCUGCCCGGAGCCUGAAGAACAACAGGGGAGAGGAGAUCGGCGUGUUCGCUCCCCGUUUCCCUCAGAAGAGUUCCCGGCAGGGUUAUCAGUUCCUGGCCGAAGAAGGCCUCUCUUUAAUCGGCCUGUAA